AAGAAAGGAAAAAAGCAUAAACCUUCCCCCCCCUCUCUCUCUCUCUCCCCGAUUUCGGCUCCGCCUCCGCCUGCUUCACCAGCACCUCCGUGGACUCCGACGACAGUUUCCAUUCCUAAACCAUCUUCUCACUAAUCAAAGCUCAAAUGUUCUGUUUAAGUUUAAUCGAGCACACGCUGCGUUUGCCGCCUCACCUCCUCGACCUUCCUCUCCACGUCGCAAUCAGGGGAGAACUUGAAGCUCUCUUCUUAGACAAGGUUAUUGCGAACUUGGGGCUUUGCGUCUCAGUCUACGAUAUUCAGGAAAUUGGCAAGGGCUUUAUUUUUCCCGGAGACGGUGCUUCGACCUAUACGGUGCUUUUCCGGCUGAUAAUGUUUCGUCCGUUUGUGGGAGAGGUUAUAGCUGCAAAACUCAAAGAAUCUGAUGCUAACGGUUUACGUUUAUCGCUUGGAUUUUUUGAGGAUAUCUACGUGCCUGUCCAUCUAAUGCCAAAUCCAUCCCAUCUUAAGGCUGACCCGGUAAAUAGCUGGGUAUGGGAGUAUGAAGGACAGAGUUUUCCUAUAGAUGGAACCGAUGAGAUUCGGUUCCAAGUUCAAAGUAUAAAAUAUCCUUCAAUACCAGUUGAGGAAGAAAAACCAGCAAGUCCAUCAUCAGUUGAGCAAGGAAAACAACCAAAUCCUUCUUCAGUUGAGAAAGCAAAACCACCAAAUCGGUUACCAGUUGAGCAAGAAAAACAAUCCAAGCCAUUUGCUCCUAUGGUGAUUACAGGUUCACUUGAUGCUGAUGGUUUAGGCCCCAUUUCAUGGUGGUAGCCUGUUCGUUCGGAUUUUUUGGUAAUGUUCGAGUUCCCUAAAACAAGCUGUAAGAGUGACGGCUUCUGAGUAAUAGCUCUACUCUCAUGUUCCAAAACUCUAUCAGAAGCAUUGCUGCUUUUAGAAAAUUGCAGUUUCUGUUAACAGUGAGGUAACCGCUAUACUAUCUAUAUAUAUUGCAGGGUUCGCUUGAUGUUACUGGUGAAGACGACCCUAAAGGUUUAGGCCCCAUUUCAUGGUGGUAGCCUGUUCGUUCAAAUUUUUUGGUGUGUUCGAGUUCCCUAAAACAAGCCGUAAGAGUGACGGCUUCCGAGAUUUGGAAUUACUUUUCACUUGGCCAUGAGGAAACUGACACAAUAGGCUUGUAGCUUUGCGAUCUAAGAUGUAUCUAUUUGAUUUUGUGCUCUGCUAUAAAUUUACAGUUUAUAGGAAGAAAUAUUCGGGAUGCAUUACAAUUCGAGAGAAAGGUAGAACAAAUUAUCUUUUCACAUA